CUCGGGACGGAAGCGGCCGCGCAGGCUCCUGGGAGGGCGCGGGAUGGCGGCGGGCGGCGAGUUCGGCUCCGGGGCGUCGUCGGGCCGGCUGGACCCGGGAGCGCUGAUGGAGCAGGUGAAGGUGCAGAUCGCCGUGGCCAACGCGCAGGAGCUGCUGCAGAGGAUGACCGACAAGUGUUUCAGGAAAUGCAUCGGGAAGCCCGGAAGCUCCCUGGACAACUCGGAACAGAAGUGCAUCGCCAUGUGCAUGGACCGCUACAUGGACGCCUGGAACACGGUUUCCCGCGCCUACAAUUCCCGUCUGCAGAGGGAGCGGGCCAACAUGUGAGAGGGGGACUCUGGCAAUCACCCUUGGAGAGAUCGGUGGACUGUUAAGCGGCCAGCCUGAUACCAUUAAAACGUUGACCCAGA